GCAGCUUGUUCCGUCACAGCACCCACCCAUCUCCCUGCUUUCCACCACCCUCCUCUCUCGCAUCCGUCUGUUUUUCUCGCAAGUAAAGAAAUCACAUAACGCCGUUUAUUUCGCUGCCUCUGCAUUUGAUUCAAAAUGUCACGACGCUACGAUUCCAGGACCACCAUUUUCUCCCCUGAAGGUCGGCUCUAUCAGGUUGAGUACGCCCUUGAAGCCAUCUCACAUGCUGGUACCGCUUUGGGGAUCCUCGCAAAGGACGGCAUUGUUCUCGCUGCGGAGAAGAAGGUGACGAGCAAGCUGCUUGAGCAAGACACAUCUGCCGAGAAGCUUUAUACAUUGAACGAUAACAUGAUCUGUGCUGUUGCUGGUAUGACCGCCGAUGCGAACAUCCUCAUCAACUACGCCCGACAAGCCGCCCAACGCUACCUCAUUACCUACGGCGAGGAAAUUCCUUGCGAACAACUCGUCCGCCGUCUCUGCGAUUUGAAGCAAGGCUACACCCAGCACGGUGGUCUCCGUCCGUUCGGUGUAUCAUUCAUCUAUGCAGGCUACGACCCCCUCCGAGAGUUCCAGUUGUACCAGAGCAAUCCCAGUGGUAACUACGGUGGAUGGAAGGCGACCAGUGUUGGGGCGAACAAUGCGAGUGCCCAGAGUCUUCUUAAACAGGACUAUAAAGAGGAGUGCGACUUGAAGGAGGCAUGUGCCAUGGCCGUGAAGGUCCUGAGCAAGACCAUGGACUCGACAAAACUGAGCAGUGAAAAAAUCGAAUUCGCAACUGUCGGCAAGACGAAGGAAGGAAAGAUCUACCACCACCUAUGGAAUGCAGACGAGAUCAAUGCUUUGCUGAAGGAGCAUGGGCUAGCCAAGGUCGACGACGAGCCCGAAGCUGGCGACAUAAAAUAA